GUGGGAGAGAGAAGGAGCAAAUGUGCGCGGCGGCGGAGAGGGAGGGAGGACAGCGAGUGCGCAAAUAGGCAGCCAGGCACAUCAGCAGCAGCGGCAGAGCAUCAUCCUGAUCUUCAGCUGCCAGUUCUUCCGUGUGCGUCUCCCGCUUGACAUUCUCCCACUGCCGGGCUGAAGUGUCCAGAAGCCUCCGCCAAAAAACCAUCACCUCUCACCACAGCACACUUUCUCGGGAGCUCGGUUAUUCUUAGCUCAGCCUGCGAGCGACUGUCCUUCCGGUCCUUCUUUUAUUUAUCCCAGUUUCUUGAAUAUUUAAUGGAAAAUGGCGAUCUGCACGCAGUCGUACGGUGUUUUCUGCCUGCUCACAAUCCAAACUGUACUUAUCAUAUGCGUCUCCACGCCAACAGCCGGGACCCACCUCUUUCCCCAGCACUACACAAUGAUUCACUGGGCCGGACGCAUUGAGAAGGAGCUGGAAAAGGUCCUGCAGCACGUCACUGGAACUCAGCAGAUGAGAUCGAUUUAUAAUGAGAAGAAGAGCCAGUUUGAAAUCAAGAGAAACAACCCCAAGGACUUGGUGGAGAGAGUGGCACGGGACAUCUCCAGGCUGCUCAACAGCAAGAGAAAAGCCCUGGAGAAACUGGCCAGGGAGGCAGAGCUGCUUCAGAAGGACCAUAUAUGGCAAGACGGUGUGACGGAGAAUGCCAUUUCAUACUACGAUUCCAAAGCGGAUUCAGACUAUACGGAGGACGGAGAAGAGGAAAACCCGCUGGAAGCCUCAACCUCUUUGGAGCUGGAGUUCGUGGAUGAUCCCAAUUUCAAAAACAAGGUCAACUACUCUUCCAGCGCGGUCCAGAUCCCUACAGACAUAUACAAAGGCUCCCCCACCAUCCUGAAUGAAUUAAACUGGACCCAGGCGCUGGAGAGGGUCUUCAUUGAAAACCGUCGGGAUGACAGCUCCUUGCGCUGGCAGGUGUUUGGCAGUGCCACAGGAGUGACACGAUACUACCCAGCCACUCCGUGGAGGGCGCCCAACAAGAUUGACCUGUACGAUGUCCGCAGAAGACCGUGGUAUAUCCAAGGUGCAUCGUCUCCAAAGGACAUGGUCAUCAUUGUGGAUGUGAGUGGAAGUGUCAGCGGACUCACUCUGAAGCUCAUGAAAACCUCCGUUGUGGAGAUGCUGGACACUCUGUCGGAUGACGACUAUGUGAAUGUGGCCAGGUUCAAUGAAAAGGCUGAUGCUGUCGUUCCGUGCUUCAGGACUUUGGUUCAAGCCAACGUUCGUAACAAGAAGAUCUUCAAAGAAGCCGUCAUGCAUAUGCAAGCCAAAGGAACCACAGAUUACAAGACUGGCUUCACGUUUGCCUUUGAACAGCUUUUAAAUGAGACCACUGCCCCGAGGGCCAACUGCAACAAGAUGAUAAUGAUGUUUACAGAUGGCGGAGAGGACCGUGCACAGGAAAUCUUUGAGAGGUACAACUGGCCCAACAAAACAGUUCGUGUUUUUACCUUCUCUGUCGGCCAGCAUAAUUAUGAUGUCACCCCUUUGCAGUGGAUAGCGUGCGCCAAUAAAGGUUACUACUUUGAAAUUCCAUCGAUUGGAGCCAUCAGAAUCAACACCCAGGAGUACCUGGAUGUCCUGGGCCGGCCCAUGGUGCUGGCUGGGCAUAAAGCCAAGCAGGUGCAGUGGACGAAUGUCUACCAGGAUGCACUGGGUUUGGGCCUUGUCAUCUCUGGGACGAUGCCGGUCUUUAAUCUCACUGCUGAUACUAUGAGCGCUCAGAACCAGCUCAUCCUGGGAGUGAUGGGAGUAGAUAUUGCAAUCAACGAAAUCAAAAAGAAGACGCCUACAUACAGACUUGGAGCUAAUGGCUACACCUUCGCCAUUGAUCCAAAUGGUUAUGUCCUGCUGCAUCCCAACCUGCGACCGAAGAUCAUUAACUUCAGGGAGCCCGUCACUCUGGACUUUCUGGAUGCAGAACUGGAGGACAGCAACAAGGAGGAGAUCCGUCGACAGAUGAUUGAUGGCAAAUCAGGGCAAAGGAAAAUCAAGACGCUCAUUAAGUCGGUUGAUGAGAGGUACAUUGACGAGGCCAUGCGGACGUACACAUGGACGCCUGUGGAGGGUACAGAUUACAGUCUAGGGCUGGUACUGCCCACAUACAGUGAGAACCACAUCAAGGCCAACCUCAGUGACCAGAUCCUCCAGGUGCAGUUGUCAUACACCAAGGAUUUUGAAUCACUGCUGCCAAACAGUUUUGAGUCUGAAGGACAUGUAUUCAUUGCUCCCAGGGAGUACUGCAAUGAGCUGGAACUGUCCAACAACAACACCGAGUUCCUGCUCAACUUCAUCGCUCUUAUGGAGAAGGUGACACCAGACUCCAAACAAUGUGAUAAUUUGCUCCUUCACAACCUGAUCCUGGACACUGGCAUCAUCCGACAGUUGGUGGAGAAAGUGUGGAAGAACAAAGAUCUGAAUACAUAUGGCUUUCUGGCCGUGUUUGCUGCGACAGAUGGAGGUAUAACAAGAGUGUUUCCGAACAAGGCUGCAGAAACCUGGGAAGAGGACCCUGAGCCGUUUAAUGCCAGCUAUUACCGCCGCAGCCUCGACAACAAGGGCUACAUCUUCCGAGCGCCUUAUCGAACAGCCAGGGACGAGCUGCUGAACCCAGAAAAUGACACCAUAGGUAUUCUGGUCAGCACGGCUUUGGAGAUGACAAUAGGAGGGAAGACCAUUAAACCUGCAGUUGUUGGAGUGAAACUAGACCUUGAAGCCUGGACGGAUAAGUUCAAGAUUCUUGCUAGCAACCACACAGACAACCGACAAGGCUCAAACACGUGUGGACCAAACAGGGGCUGUGAAAUGGACUGCGAAGCCAACAGUGACGACCUCCUGUGUUAUUUAAUAGAUGACGGCGGAUUCCUAAUCAUGUCCAAUCAGAAGGAUGACUGGAACAAGGUCGGCAUGUUCUUCAGUGAUGUUGACCCCUACCUGAUGUACGCUCUCUACAACAAUUCCUUCUACAACCGCAAGCAGUCGUUCGAUUACCAGUCGGUGUGUGAGCGGAUGCCCAACAGUGAGGCUGGAGCUGCACCAAGAGGAGUGUUUGUGCCCACGAUUGCAGAUUUUGUAAACGUGGCCUGGUGGACAUCAGCUGCUGCAUGGUCCCUGUUCCAGCAGUUUGUUUAUGGACUGGCUUACCAGAGUUGGUUCGUCACAGAUGAGGUGGAUGCAGAAGCUUUCGACUCUAAAGAGAGGAGUUGUGUAAUGAUCCAGACCCAGUACUACUUAAGUAAUCUCAGCAGCUCCUACAACAUACUGCAGGACUGUGGCAACUGCUCCAGGCUGAUUCACGCCAAGAGGAUAAACAACACCAACUUGCUGUUUGUGGUAGCAGAAAAGAUGCCAUGCAACACCUGCGAGAUAGAGAAGCUUUCCCAGGAGGAGGAGGAGUUCAAGGAGGAAAAUCCAUGUGAAGAAAUGACUGUGGCACGCUAUCGAAAAGGACCCUCCACCUGCUUUGACUAUAACGCCGCUGAGAACACGUCGGACUGUGGGCGAGGUCACUCCUUCCAUCCAUCCCUCUCCACUUUACUGCUCAUUCAGCUGCUCCUGCUUUACCCCGUCGUCAGUCCCCACCUUCACUUUCUAUUACAAUAAUUCCAUUUUCCUGCACUUCUGCUCCUUUUAGCCCUCCUGAGCUUCUGUCCCGUCCCGAAAACCCUCCGAUCCCCCCGACCUCCGUGCCCCUGUGCCCUCCCCCCCUUUGGUAUAGUCAUAGGUAAUAAUGGGACUUCCCAUCACAGCCAGCUGGAAGCCCCGAGUGCCGCUACCCAGCUCGCUUCAGUCUGUGUCGCUUAGUGACAACUGCCGGACGUUCACGUCCUCAGCCAGUUAACCUUCAUCUAAAGGAGGAGCGGGUGGUGCCAGACCACCUGGAUCAUCAGAGGCAACGUCAGAAAAGAGAAAACUAACCCCCUCCCACCCCCACGACCGACCCCAUCCACCGCCUCCACCGGUUCCAGACGAGUGAGGGGGAACAAGGACAGCUCGAUCCUCUCAUCACAGACCUCCCACCGCUUAUAGACUAGAGAGUUGAGGUUGUCUGUCCGCCUUCGCUUCUGUCUGCCAGACAGAUGACGGGACUUCUCCUCCUUCUCCUCUCCUCCAUCUCAGAGUCUCAACACUCUGUCAUUUGCCUCUCGUAAGAGGCUGCGGACCAUUCAGCCAGUUAUAACCACCAUAGAAGAAAAUACCAGAACAAAAAAAAAAAAGACAACAAAAGAACUGUCAAGUAUACAAAAUGUCAAGUAUAAACUGCUGACGUGAUGAGUAUUCCAAACAUCCAGUAUAUUUAGGUUGUAAUUUGAUAAAAGGAAGUUGUAAAGUGUUAACUGAAACAGACAUGAAUUCAUUUAUGCGCUAUAUCUACUUGCCAAAAUGAGAUAUACUUUCAUGUGGUCUUAUUUUUAUAGCCAAAACACGAAGAAGAAACGGAUUUAGAUUUAGGAUAAACCACGAGUGGAAGAGGAGACACUCAGCAACUGAAUGCUGACUCAUUUUGUGCAGCUCUUAAUUACAGAUUAAUGCUUUUAAAAGAGGUCCACUGGGGAUUAUUGUAAUUACAUGAUGGUAAUCACAUUUCUUGAAGUAUUUUUCCUGAUAUUUACUAUUCAAGGCUUGUGGCAGCUGUAAAAUAUGAAUCAGUGUUUAGUUGCUGCAGGAUCAUUGUUGAUGUCGUGUAAUAUUCUCUCCUUUACGAUCAAUCGACCAUUCUGACCUCGGGUUUAGACUGAUGUUUCAAAAAACAAAAAAAAAAAAAAAAGAAGAUAUCCUCAUGCCCUCUGAUGAGAAAACUCACCUCUGCCAAUCCUCAUGAGGCUUCUCCAGUAACCUCUACUAACGCUCCUAAUCACGAUUUGUACAUGUGCUUUACUUCUGUCACAGUAUACACACUGAGAUCUCUGCCUCAUAGUAGUUCCAGGUGGGUUAUUUUCUGUUUUGUUUUUUUUGGCGGGGGGGAGGGAGGCGGUGAUUGUGUUUUCUUCUUCGGGGGCUUGUAUUACCUUUGACUGAUGCUGUUCAAACUUCGAAACCAUUCGCUGCUGGGGGAUAGGGGCUUAUCAACAUUUCCAACAAAAGUGCAGAAGAGGCCACUAAAUAUGGUGAUCACGUACAGUAGUAGUCCGGUCGUAAUCCAUCACAGUUUGUCAUUUUUGAUCAUUAACGAUGUGUGAAAAGUCAUUUUAGACUUCCAUGUUUAGGAGCCGCUCUGUUUCAUAGUGCCUUGAUGCACUUUGUUUUGGAACGCAUCGGCUGUAUAAGAGUAGAGCUACUGUAUAGUACCUUUAUAAAGCAGCCACCUCCGAGGCUUUGGCCACUACAGGAGCCUCAGACUGAAUCUGUCGGCUAUAGAUAAUAGCUUUACAGAGCCAUCGCACUGACUGGCUCGGCUUAAUGUACUCGCCCUCUUGGCUGUCGUUGCUGUACUCCUCCAGAGCCACCUGACUGUCAUCAUAUGGAGUUACUAUACCGUUCCUUUACGAAGCCAUGUAUAGAGCUACGACACACUAUCAGUAUACAGCCACUUAACUGGCCAUAGAGCGUUUUUAGGGCCAUCUGACGCUAUAGUUCUGCCUGAAUCGUAUGUGUUUGUGUGUGGAUGUGUGUGCGCGUUAGUUUGCGUUUAAAAACCCUCAAAGGGAAUGUCUUUUAAAAUGAGUUGUGGAGUGUAUGAGGGACGACGGUUGUGCCAGUGCGGCUGUUCUGUCCUCUUCCUGUGUUGCAGGUGUUGUUGUUGUUGAGAAAAAAAGGGGGAUUUUCCUGAAACAAAAAGACUCAUCUUUAACUGCUUAAAUACUAAUAUAUGGAAGCAGAGGUGUCUGAAAGAAUGUGUAGUUCAUCAGUGUUUUCUGUUUCCAAUGCAACAUAGUUGACAAAGCCUCUCUAAAUGCCUUAGUGUUACACAAUACGGAGCUCUGAUACCCCCCAUGUACCCUCACACACACACAAAUAGAUCCUGAAGUAUUCACUCUCCUGGGUUUUCUUGGUGUUAUGCAGUAAGUAUAGUGAGCUCUAACUUUGUAUUUUCACGUCUUGGGAAUGAUUAGUUAUUGAUCGAUGCCUGUUUGAUUAAGCGCUUGAAAGCUGGUGGGAGUUUUUAAAUUUCGAAAGCCUCCAACCUUCGAUGUUCACACCCACCCGAAACUCACUGUAUUGCUCAGGUGGGGAUGAUUCACACGACGAUUUGGAGCUUAACUACACUCUGUACAGUUGUUGGUACUAUUUGAUGUGACAAAUCAUGCUGGCACAGUAACUGCAGCUCGGCUCUGAGCAAAUCUGAGAAAUCUGAAGCGGAAAUUGAUCAUUUAAGAUGUAGAAAUUGACUCUUCUCAGCGUGGGGUGCGGCCCGCGUCAUCCGAUGCUGGAUGCAGUUUGGCUUUUCUGGCAUUUGUUUGUCUCUGUCCUGUGCCAUUAAUUCUGUCUGUAUUCCCCCUAUUUCCACUGUCUUUAAAUGAACGCUACACGUGCCCGUGGAAAUGUACCCCCUGCAACUUCCUCUCUUUUCCUGGAUCUGUAUGCAUACAGUCUCACACAGAAAACUAAAUAUGUAGGCCUACACUUUGUGCACCUGCACUGAGACAUUAUGCACAACGCACACACCUAUAAGCAAACAUGUAAUGGCACUUGUUCAUGCCCAGCUGGGAGAUGUCAAACACCGGGCAGACAUAAAGCCAACAGCGACUCUUCCCAGGUGUUUUCUUUUUUUGUGAGUGGACGGGAUGUCAGAGGCAAGCUCAGGGAGUGGGUCUCCACAGAGCAGCACGGGCCUGAUAAACACAAGGUCAUGGAGGAAUCAUGUAGUGACGUAUGCGUGUGCAUCCUGACGGAAAACGUCUUCUUAAGGGACACACACGUCGGAUUUCUGUGGUUGGACAAAUUUACUUUUUGCCAAAAAAACUGAAAAAAAAGAAAAAAUAGAAAAUUGGAGCAGCCUGGGGAUGAAAGGGAGGGUUUCGCUUUAAGACCUAAAACAAGUAAAAGGAGGGUUUCCGUGAAGCGCCCUCCCAACCCUCGCUGCAUCUGUGUUGGUGCGUCUCUGUGGGAAAGACGCGUGUAUGUGAUUCUGUAGUCUGUAGUCUGGUGCUAUGUGACCAUGUUUGACAAGUGUGUGAAAAAAUAACAGCAACAUUUAGAGAAAAAAAAGUAAAAAUCAGUCGAAUUUUAAGUGAAGUUUUAAAAAAAUAUAUAGGAAUACAGCACUGUUGAUAAGUUUGAGAUCUGACGUCAAAAUGUUUUAAAAAAUUAUGUUGUUUUUUUUUGUUUCAUUUCUUGUACGUGUGUGAGUAUGAAUGUUUGUGUGCGUGAAAGAUUUAGCUCCUUCUUUUCUGGGCACUCGUCCAUGUCGCUCCAUUCUUUUGUACAGAUGAAGCUAAAAAAAAAAAAACAAGAAGAAGAAGAGGGCAAAAUUUGUAAAAUAUUGUGUCUGUGACUCCUUGUAAAAUAUUUUCAAAUUGUUUAUUACAGAGAAUCAGUUAUUAAAUAAUGUUCAUAUUUUUCACUUCA